CAAGAUGAUGAUAUGGAGAGCUCGUUUCUCCAAUUGGAUCCGGAGGAUCCUGGCCAUGGAAAAUACAAACUCCGAGUGGGAUGGAAGUUGCAUUUAUACAUAUCUCAGUUGCCAUGUGGAGGUGUCUCGCUUAGUUUACAAUUGCCGGUUCAAAGAAAUACAUCUGCAGAAGAAGCAGAAUCUCUAUCUUCAAUGGCUCUGAAUAAUUGCUCCACACUCAGUCUUUUGGAAGCUUCAAAAGGAAACAAUGGGGAUGGGACUCAACUCUUUGGCUUAGUUCAAAGGAAACCUGGUCGUGGUGAUAUGACAUUGUCAGUUAGUUGCUCUGACAAGAUAUCUCGUUGGAACGUUGUUGGAGUUCAAGGUGCUUUGCUUUCCUACUUUCUACAACCCAUUUAUCUCUCUUCCAUUUCUGUCGGACAAUCACCUAAUGCUUCUGAGGAUUUUUGCUUGGAUGAUCACUUGAAAAGAUCCUUGCAUGAUCGAAUUAUACCUCUGUCAAACCAGUUAAUUGGCCCCUUUCAUGUUAAUAAGCCACUGUUUUCUGAAGCCCCAAUACCAGCUAAGGAGUUUCAACAUUCUGAGACUGCUUCAGCAACUUUAACUUGCGGCUAUUCUAUAUGUUGGAAUAAGUCUGCUUUACAUGAAGUGAUUCUUGGAACCACUGGAAGAAAGCAAGGCACAUCUGCUAAAGGGGCACUCUAUCCAUCUACCGAGUCAUCUUUGAGCAAAAAGCGAUUUUUGGAGACUUUCUUAUCCUUAAGGAGUGAUUUACAAAUCAAAUGUAUCCAAACUGAUAUUUCUUAUCGAGAACUCAAGGUAAGGUUUCUGGUAGGCUGUAUUGCUGACUUAUAUUGAAGUUUGCAUUUUGAAGUGGCUUAAAGUAUUCUGUGGAACUUGUUUAGCCGUGUUUGCUGCGUAAAAUCAAACCCAGGGAUUAAUGUUAUGUGUCUAGUUCUUACUAUAGAUGAAUGUUGAUAGGUAUAGAGGUUUUGACCUGAAGUUAUUGUUUGUCAUAUUUUUCUGUUGAUAACAGUAUAUUUUCUGCAGGAUGGGGCUGAAGAAUAUAAUUCAACAUCAAAAAUUUUUAAAGGGAUAUCUCCAUUUAAUGACUGGCUAUUGAAACCCUUAAACUUGGAGGCUUUCUCCAUUAAUAAUGAGGUAAUGCCGUGUAACUGAUUGAAGUUGUCUUUAAAAUGUUGGUUUGCUUCUUUGUUACUCAACCAGCCGACCUUAUUUGUCAACAUGGAAUUCAUCUCUCCUGCAAGUGAUCCAGCCUGCUGCCCAGGCACUAAUUUGGUCCAGAGAUAUACGAUGUGGCAUUUUAGCUUGAGUUACUUCAUGCUCAGCUGCAUAUAGUUUUGGAUAUAAGAUGGCUGAGACAAAAUGCUUUUGCUUUCAGGCAUGCUUGAAGUAAUGUUCUGGCAGAGCAACUGACUUUUAUUUGCAAAUUUCAUGCUGUUAUGGGGGGUGAUGAUUUGGCUGCAUCUGAUAGAAUUCAAUGUCAAGCUCUUGCUGAACCUCCAAGUCACCGAGAGUAUGACUUCGAGACUGAACUCAUUUAUUACGAAAAUACGAACUUCCAUGAAUUUAGUAAAUUCUAUUGCAAAUCUACGAGAAGAUUAUUUUCUCUCUCAACUUGUUAAGCUGGGGUAUUAAAGAGCGCAUUGCCUUUGGUCACUUCACCUUGCGUUUUGUCUAAAUGUUUACCAGUUUUUAACCCUUUACAUCACAUUCCAUUUUUUGUUCUAGGCUACCUGAUAUUUACCUCUUAUUCCUUUGUUAAUUUUUAGUAUCUCUUUACACUCAGAAAAGGAAGUAGAUUAGGGAGAAAUCCAUAUUAAGCAAUU